UAAACUAGUCUGCCCUCCAAGCCCGCCAGGGGCCAGGAGCCUGGCCUGAACGUGCGGGUCACGCGGGUCCGCGCGUGCGCAGGAAAAGUGAGGGACAGGCGGGGAGAGGGUUGCGCCUGCGCAGUAGGGGGCCGUCGGUUAGGCGCAGACCUGCCCAGCCGAGGAUGGAGGGAUGGAGCCGCCGCAAGAGAUGGCUAAGGUUUCCAGCACAGCAGAUAACCACAACAGGCGGGUCCAUUCCCUAUACACAGAGCCAGUACUUCAGAGGAUUCCCCCUACCAACUUAGAAAACACGCACACCAGGGGGUCGGAGUUUUCCUCCGCAGCCCUUAGCUCCCAGGAGCAUGGCAAGACGUCGGAUUUGCCCAAGGACGAGGGCAAGAAGCCCACUGCGCACCGGAUACUAAAUAUGCUAAGGAAAACUCUUAAAGGGUCUGAAAGUAAAGAACUGGCAGUAACACCUGAAACACCAGCGUUGGUGCCGUUUGGGGAUGUGGUUGGCUGUCUGGCUAUUCAUGUAAAGAACUGCAGAAAUUUUACGCCUAGGAUCCAUUUACAAUAUUAUAAUAAUUUAUUCAUUCGCAUCUCUAUAAACAACAUGGUGAAAUGUACAAAAACUUAUAGCUUGCUAUCGUCAAACAAUGAAAAGAACACUAUAAUUACAUUUGAUGAUGUGAAGUAUUUUUCUGUACAGGUUCCCAGACGUCAAGAUGAUGAGAAGAAUAAUAUUUACUUAGAACUAAUGCGAUAUGACGAUACAAAAAGGCCUAAUUUUUUAGGGAGUGUUCAGGUACAUCUUUAUGAAGUAAUUCAGAAAGGGUGCUUUACUGAAGAACUCCAAAUGUUGAAUAAAAACAUGUUUAUCUGCAGGGUGGUAGUGGAAUUUAUGUUCUCCUAUGGAAACUUUGGUUAUGGAUUUUCACAUCAGUUAAAACCUCUUCAGAGAAUGAUUGAGCCAUGUAUGUUUAUGAAUGUUGCACCGCCUCCAGAAAGAACAGACCCUGUGACCAAUGUUAUCAUACCACAGCCAAUAGAAUAUCCAGCAUUCUUAUCCCCAGAGUUGAAUGUUACCGUUGGGGCAUCCACUACAGCACCCCAAUCCAACCAGUCACCUGUAGUGCGACUUGAAACACUUCAGCAACAACCUCGGGAAAGGCUGGAAAAAAUGAAAAAAGAAUAUAGACAUCUGAGUACAUGGAUAGAAAAAGCUAGCUAUUUAGAAGGAGUUCUUAACCCAAAGUUGGAACUUAAAGAACCUAAGGGAAGUAAUACCAGUGAGGUACUUGAAAGCCAAUUUGAAGAGAAACCUGCCAAUAUUGUAACAUCAGAUAACCCUCUUAUAAAGAAGGGAGCUGAAACUAUUCCAAGUGAGUUACUGGAUAAUGAUGGUAAGAAAGACCUGACUCUACCAACUUUAAACCAGUCAGGUGAAGAUGAUUCCAGUGUUGUUGCUCCUAAAAGUGGUGCGUCAAUAAAGCAAAUAGAUACUCCAUUGCCCACUGUUCCUAGCCUGACAUUAACAGAGGAAGACUUAAUACCAGCUUUAGAGGAAUACCAGCCAGUAGCCAUACCAGAGAGAAAAGUGAAAAAUGUAUUCUUUACAUCAGAAGAAAUAUUGAAGGAUAGAUGUCCAAGCCUUUUCAAAACAGACUCAUCUCCAUCAGAGAGUUCAUACUGUUCCUUUAGCUCAGUGAAUGAAAAUUUAAAUAUCCCUAAUAGUGUAGAUGAGUUAAUGCAAGAUAAAGACUUUGGACAGAAAAAUACAAAUAGAAAAGGAAAAUCAGUGGUAUUUUCACCAAAACAAUAGAUUUCACCAUCUUUCAGACCAGAAUAUAUAGAAUUCAAACCAAAAUAUCAGAAAUUCAAUAUCGAGAACAGUUUUGAUCCCUUUCUGAGGAAUAUAAACAACAAAAUGUCAGUCAGAAAAAGGAAAGACCAAGAUAUGUUCAAAUGUAGAAAUACUUUCAGUGCAGAGGUUAUAGAGCAUGAAGACCAAGAUCCUCCUUAUCCAACACAUUCAAAAACUGAAAGAGCUGCUGGCAAAACCUGGCCUCGUGAUCUUGAUACCAUCGCAGUAAAGGCUUUAGACACUAAGAAUAAGUUAGCCCGUGAUCCUGGGAUCAUAACAAUAAAGACACUAGACGCUAAGAAUAAUCUAGCGCAUCAUCCCAGUAUCACCACAACAAAGACUUUAGAUACUAAUAAGUUACCGGAAAGACUACCUAAUGUAUCUUUGCCAAACUUUGAGGGAGAAUCAUCGACGACUGGAAAAGUAAAUGCAAAUAAGUGUCGCCUCUCAAAAUCAUUAAGUCUUACUUCCCACAUAGAAAAUUUAAAACAGUCAAUGGUGCUCAAGUCAAUUUUAAGCAAAAAUCUGCAAGCCCUUUCAGAUCAAUUAUUUUCUACGCCAGAAGUUCCUAUGGACACUGAAGCAAGAAAGAAGAGUCAUAGUUUUCCACUUCUGGGUGUUCGAGAUGAACGACCAAGUAGUUUGGAAGACCAAGUAUUUGAAAAAAUUCAAGGUUUAAAUACCUGGCUUUCAGAAAGAGAUAUUCUAAAUUCAAAGUCUCUUUUAAGUCAAAUAAGUCAAGGUAGUCCUGCAGAUUCACAUUCAGAAGGUGUACCAGGAAAUUCCCCAGAGGUAGAAAGGGAAUUUGUCUCUGAAAAACACUUAGAUGUUGGUGACAUAGAUUUUCCAAUUAAAAAAAAGUGUAGUUUCAAAAAGAAACAUUUAGAUAGUGAAGUAUCUAGCUCCACACCAGAUUUGAAUAGCUUUAUACAUGAUUAUAUUAUAAAGCAAAUAUUCACUGCACCGAUCUUCUCAGAAUUGGGGACAGGAGUGAAAAAAUCAAGUGAGACACAGAUGAACUCACAGGGUCUGUUACCCACAGCUUGGGAGAGUUUGUCUUCCAGUGUUCUAGUUCACUACGAAGAAAACAAUAAUGAAACAGAAUUUUCUCCAGCCAAAUCUGUUACAAGCCAGAUAAUACAAGCAUUUCCUGUAGAUACUCUUUUAGAUUCUGGGGUAAUCAAAGUAAUAGAAUUAGAUAAAGAAUACCAGAAGAGUUUUUUGCUGGAUACAGAGACAGCCUUUGCUAAAGAAAAGCCAAAGGAUUCCAUAGAGUAUUAUUCGGAAAUCAAAAACAAAACAGAACGUCUUUCAGAGCCGAAUAUACCCAUCAUUCCCAAAGAAACCACUUCUUUUAAUAGAGUUGAAUUCAUAGACAAAAGUCAAAAUACAUCCCCACAAGAUUCAGAAUAUCAGUCAACACCAGAUAAAAAAACAGAUUUGCCAAGUAGUAGUCAGAGACUUGAUAGAAAAGAAAAUGAUCUAAGUUCUACUUUAGAAAAUUUAAGUGACUCGUUAAUAGGUAAACUCAAUGACUCUGAUGUAAUAAUGUUAAAAUCCUUUUUGAAAAACAUAUUUAAUGUUUUUUUCAAAUAUAGUAAGGCUGAAAGCAGACAAACUGACAAAGAAUUACAAAGACUAAUUGAACAUCCUUUUCCAAACAAGACUGAAGACCCUGAAGAAAUCAAAGAGGAUUUUGAUAAAAUAGACAAACUAGAUGGAAAACCUAUUUUAAGUCCAAACCUACGUGUAUUUCUAGAAGAACUCUCAGAGUCAGAAAUAAAACAUUUAAAAUCUGAAUUAAGUAAACAUAUUCAGCAUUACCUUGUAGAAAGACUUUCAGAAUCAGGACAUAUCACCAAGGAGGACUUACCAAAAAUCUACCAAAAUCUGUGUUUGAUGAAUGAGAAAGCAGAACCAAAAGGGCAAAAUAUUUUUCUAGAGAAAUAUUCAGGAACUGUAAAAGAAAUCAUGUCUUUUGUAAACAACUUUAAUCAUCAUUUCAUAGAUAAACAUUUGGAAAUAAAUCUAAGGUCUUUUUUAAAUGAAAUUCUCCAAAACUAUUUCCUAAAAAAUUUUUCAGAAAACAGUUUAUUUAAAGAAGCAGAAUCUAAGUCUAUGCACUCAAAUGUAGCUUUUCUAAGAGCUAAAAGCCCCUCUAUGUCUUUUAACAAAUUAGGACAAGAUAUUUCAAGGGGGAGUUUUGCUAAAAGGCUUGAAGUAAACAUGAAAUAUCCUUUAAAUAAAUCCCUACAAAAAUAUCUUACAGCUUUAUCAGAAAAUGAACUCUUAAAUCUAAAAGCUGAUUUAAGCAAACACCUCCAGAGCCUUUUUAUAGAGAAACUGUCAAAAUCAGGACUAAUCACAAAAAGGCAAUUAGAGGGCAUCAGCCAGCACAUAAAUUUGAUUAAUUCUAGUUCCACACCAUUAAAAUGUAUAAAGCGAGAUUUGUCUUUAAGAGAUGAAAAUCAAUUUGUGAAGAAGCAAUCAGAAAAGCAAAAUAAAUAUUCAAAAACUGCUCAAAAAACCACUUCACAAAAAGUUCUUGAAGAUAGACUUGUAGAAACAGAGUUGACCAGAAAGGAGGAAAAGGAACAUUUUUCCUUACAGAAUAUUGAAAAAAAUCCAUCAAAAAUUAGGGAACAGAAAAUAUAUUAUUGCCCUGAAGCAGCUAAAACACUGAGUUUAUCUAAAGUACAACCUUCUUCCAACAAAAAUAGCCAGGCGAUUCCAUUAAAUAAAUCAUCAGAAAGACUGACAGAUACAGUGCUUAGGAAACAAAGGGAAGGACAUGGUUUUGUGCAACUUCCUCGAGCAGAAAAUUUUGAUUUUAAAACAGAGAUUCAAGACCAACAUAUUUGGAGUGGUAAAUCAAAAAUAACUCGAUCAAAUGCUUGCUUUGAAAGGACACUAAAAAUGAAGUCCCUUGACAGAAAGGAGUGUGAUAACAUCUAUAAAUUGAUGGUAGAGGAAAACGCUGAAGCAGUGCUGUCACCGUAUCCAAGAAUUCUUAACCGCAAAAUGCCGAAUGAAGAUGAGGAAUACAUAACCAAACUCACUUUUCCUUCCAGGCAGAAUAACACUUUAAUGUGUCUCAAUUCAGAGGCUGGGGAGGAAUCAGAAUUAGAGGGCCAGUAUUGUCAGAGAUUGAAAGGAAAUAAUAACAAUAAUAAAAAACGACAUUUAGUAACAUAUGCACAUUACAAAGAAGAAACACAAACUCUUUAUAUAAAACCAAACAAACUUUGCAACGAAAGAUGUACCAAGGUCCCUGAAUCACGAUUGCUUAAAUAUAAAGUUGUGGUAGCUGAGAAAAACUCAAAACCAUCCCCUUUCCCGGAAGUAUUAAAGAGGGAACAUCUAAAGCCCAGGGUCCAAAAAGAAAAAGUCCAUGCCAGCAGCAAACAAGAAAAAUCAUUUAACAAGAUAGUUAAGAUACUACCAACCACACUGCCCACCACAAGAAUUCUAAGAAAAUCUGUUCCAAGAACUCUGCUUCGUUGGACUGCAAGAAGAACCAUACAUGAUUGUUUGGAUGGAUUUGAGGAUUUACCCGAGACUUCAUUUAAGCAUCUUGAAAAAGCAAAAUCAAGAGCAAGGCUUUUAGGAAACAGCCCACAUGAUAGCCAUAAUCAGUUAAAACGCUCUGUAAGACCGUAUACUGCUCCAGAGGUUAACAAACGAGGAGAAAGCUACAAUGGGAAAUUGACAAGCCCUCGAAUGGUUUCAGCAGACUUAGUUCAUAUAAAUCCUCCAAUCCCAGAUUCUGAUAUCUAUAAAAUGCGGCCAAAAAAAAUUUUAAAAGAGCAUAUUGGAAAGCGUUCGCUCAUUUGUGAUAUUAUCCAAAUGUUAAACAGUCCAAAAUGAUAUGUGAGGCCAGCAGUUAGAAUAUCAUUUCUCCAAUUAACAAAAUGGUUUGGAGAUCUGUCCUUUUGUGUGAUAGAAGUCAGUAACCAAAUUUCAUCUGUUAGAACCAUUUUGUUUUAAUUAAAAUGAAAAAGAAACACAC